AUGGCUCGCGUUUCUCCUGAAGUAACUGAUAUCAUCAGGGCCAAGAUGAACCGGUACUGCCGAUCCGUGGACUCCAAGCAAUGGGAUCUCUUCAACACAGUCUCAUUCCCCGACGCCAGCUUCGCCUACCGGAACCCAGACGGCUCCUUCGUGAGGGCAGCGCUGGCGGGCCAGGACAGCUCGGUCGACUACAACUUCAAGUCCCGCGAGGAGUUCCUCAACUUCUUCAAGUCGACAUUCGAUUCCUUGAACACGAUCCACAUGGUCGACGGCGGCGACUUCGAGCAGGUCGGCCCCGACGAGGUCAAGGUCGUCUUUGUCAUCAUGUACAUGGCGGGCCCGAAUGGCAAGAUUCCCGGCAUCAGCGACGGCAGUGGCGGGGGCCACUAUCACCAGACGUGGAAGAGGGAUGGCGAUGACUGGUUCAUAUCCACACUGGACUUCGUUAUCGACAGCUACCUCUGCUACAAGAGUGGAAUCAAGCGAAUCUUCAAAUGGCUGGUGGCGGCGGCCCGGCUGUGCGAUCCCAACCUGCGACUCGGCGACGAACAGACGCCUGGCUCCAAGAACACCCGCCGUAUGCCACUGGCAAGAUACGCUGAGCUGGCCCAGAUCAUAGCCAGCUCCACGCAUCCGAAGAUUCAGGUCACGCCACGGCUGUUGUCGAUACUGAGGGACGUUAUCAGUCUCAGGAAAGCCUUUAGUCUGAUGUACCAGCAGGAAAUAUGUACCGAUGAAGCCCACAGUCGCAGCAACGAGUCGCACCAGUACUUAAUCUCACUACUCGAAGAGAUUUGGUGGUGCCUAGAACCCUUGCGUGCCCAUGAGGACCGAUCGAACGCAACAGAACCCGAUGACUCGCCACCGAACAAGACCGGAGGCAACAUCUUCGACGUUCUAGACGUUGAGGACAUCGAAGAGCCUGGCUUUAGUCAGGAUUUGGUGCAGGCAACCACUCCCAGUCCAAGUGAUGCCAAGAUAAGAGCUCAAAGCAAAGGGAAAAGCAAGGGCAAGGGCAAGACCAAGAGUAAGAACAAUGACUAUGAAUACGACGAAACAGCUGGACCGUCGACUUCCCAACAUGAGCUCUACUUCAUGCUCUUUUGCUUCUUCAAGGACCUCAACGAUGUGCGAUCUUACCUUCGUAAUACUUGGGAGGACUAUCGCGACGGCAAAACACCGCUAGUCACUGCUGCAGUGGUCACGGAUCUGGCUUUUGACGUUGUUCAACGUAAGGAGCGCGAGUUCCUCGACACUGAGAUAACCUCCGAGGAAAGGGUGAUCACCGUAAAGCAGGGGCUUUCAGACCUGCAAGAAGCGCAAACGAACUCGGGUAUAGGGUUAUACUGGCGUGGCGAGAACGGAAACGAUGGCAUGGAAAGCAGCUUCAUAGGCGAUCUUCUCUUCGGCUUCAUCGCCGGCGCCCGUCAGAUCGGGCCAGCUGCUGACAACAAGGGCGAAGAUGGCUUUGACGAGAGAAAGUAG